UAUCUCCCCCAUCUUCCUCGUUUCAAAUAUUUUCCCUCUUUCUCUCUCUCUCUAUCCUUCCCCUGUUUCUGAACCCUAGUUCUACUAUCUCACUCUUAAACCCUAGAUCAGAUCUAACAAUCAAGGAGAAUAAUGACAGCCGUGGCUCAGGUACCUGGACGAGAGCUCUCCAAUCCUCCUUCCGAUGGCAUCACUAAUCUCCGUUUCUCCAAUCAUAGUGACCACCUCCUUGUUUCGUCUUGGGAUAAGAGUGUUCGUUUGUAUGACGCUAGUGCGGAUAUAAUGAGAGGAGAGUUUAUGCACGGUGGUCCUGUUUUGGAUUGUUGUUUCCACGAUGAUUCUUCUGGAUUCAGCGCUAGUGCGGAUCAUACUGUUAGGAGGCUGGUUUUCAAUGUUGGCAAGGAAGAUAUCUUGGGAAUGCAUGAUGCACCUGUGCGCUGCAUUGAAUAUUCAUAUGCAACAGGGCAAGUGAUAACUGGCAGUUGGGACAAAACUGUUAAGUGUUGGGACCCUAGAGGUGCAAGUGGGCAAGAACGAGCUCUUGUAGGGACAUAUGCACAACCAGAGCGCAUCUAUUCCUUAUCACUUGUUGGCAACAGAUUAGUAGUAGCAACUGCAGGAAGACAUGUAAAUAUCUAUGAUUUGCGAAAUAUGUCUCAGCCAGAGCAAAGGAGAGAAUCUUCUCUGAAAUACCAAACAAGAUGUGUUCGUUGUUACCCAAAUGGCACAGGUUAUGCUCUUAGUUCUGUUGAAGGUCGGGUAGCAAUGGAGUUUUUUGACCUUUCAGAAGCUGGUCAAUCCAAAAAAUAUGCUUUCAAGUGUCAUAGGAAGACUGAAGCUGGAAGGGACAUUGUCUAUCCUGUUAAUGCAAUCGCAUUCCACCCCAUCUAUGGAACUUUUGCAACUGGUGGUUGUGACGGUUUUGUGAAUGUCUGGGAUGGAAACAACAAGAAGAGAUUGUAUCAGUUUUCAAAAUAUCCAACAAGCAUUGCAGCCUUAUCUUUCAGUAGAGAUGGACGGUUAUUGGCUGUAGCUUCUAGUUACACAUACGAAGAGGGCGAUAAAACGCAUGAACCAGAUUCGAUCUUUGUUCGAAGUGUGAUUGAAUCCGAAGUGAAGCCGAAACCAAAAGCAUUACCAAGCACCUAAAAUAAGUAAGAAUCUGAGUGAGUUUUAGGUUUUAGUAGAAGGUAUAAACCGUGGUUGCAAUUUGUGUAUGUUUUAGUUUUUCUCGAAAAUAUUUGAAAGCUUUUCACGCUUCGUUUUAGGCUUUCUUCAAAUAUUGUGAUUUUAUGGAAUUUUAUUCUUGGAAUUGAAGAUAGUGUGACCUAUUUAAGAUAGUUUUUAUUUCUGAGGGUUUUGAAAUCUGUUAUGCUUUGAUUAAAUGAUUUGGAUAUAUCUGAUACUUGACUUGCUGUUGUGUA